AUUGCUUGUGAGUUACAGACAUUGGAUAUGGAAAGGCAGUAGAAUUUCUCUCCCAUCCACUCAUUGUUUCAAUCAUAGCCACUCCAAUUCCACUUCAGAGCCACCACCAAUCUCCUUGCCCCACAAUACUACUACCAUCCUCUUGUCGAUGUUUUGAUCCAGCUAUCUGAUAUCUCAAAGCAUUUGGGGCAAGUGAUGAGAGAUAAGGGAUCCCCUUCCCCUUUCAUGUAUGUCUACUAGCUAUGCUCUCAAUUUGCUACUCAAGAUCCAUCUCUUGUAAAUUAAACCCUCUUCCUCCCUUCUUUGAUCCCCUCGACGCGUGAAGAGACAUCGAUCGUCCAUUGCUAGUGUGCGAUCUAGGCUAAAUUUUUGGCACAAUGGCAACGCAAGCUUUACGUCAUGAUCAGCAUAUUUGCUAUGUCCAGUGCAUCUUCUGCAACACCAUCCUUGUGGUUUGUGUUCCACGAAACAGCUUGGCCAACAAUAGCAUUGUGACAGUAAAAUGUGGACAUUGCUCAAGCCUUCUCUCUGUGAACAUGGGAGCCUUGCUUCAAACACUCACUUUUCAUGAUCAUUUUCAGAAACAAAACAUGGCGUCUCAUAGAGGGAAAAGGAUGGAACAUGGUUCGCCUUCCAAAAGCACAAGGCCUUCCUUUCUGUACACAAUGCCAAAGGAUCAAAAACAAAUGCUCCUGCCGCCACCUGAGAAGCGACAACGUGUUCCUUCUAUGUAUAACAGGUUUAUCAAAGAGGAAAUACAAAGGAUAAAGGCAAACAAUCCAGACAUCAGCCACAGAGAAGCUUUUAGUACUGCAGCAAAAAAUUGGGCUCACCUUCCUCACAUUCAUUUUGGGUUAACGUUGGAUAGCAAUAAGCAAAAGGAGACCGAUGAAGCCAUUAUGGCUGCACCAGCAAGCCAACAAUUAGACCAUGAGAACUUCUUCUGAU